AUGGACGCCGCAAAGAACGCCGUGAAGAGCUUCAUCCACAAGGAUGGCAAGCAUGACACUACUGUCCACGAGAAAGUCAACCCUGCAGUCGUCAACGAGACCGUGACUCGUCAACAAGAAGACCGCAUCACUACCGCCGUCGACAAGGAGGUCCACCAAGAUCACUACCACACAUCCGUCCAGCCUGUGAAGGAUACCCAAGUCCUCCCAGAGAAGCACCACCACAACGUUGUUGGUGUUGAGCAUCGCAAUUUUGAGCAUGACGACGCCGAUCAGGUGAAGCAGAAGCUCGCUGCUGAGCAGGCACACUUCAAGGACACCUCCACUCGUGUUGAGGGUGAGCACAAGACUACUGCCCAGCCAGUCGUUGCCGGCGAGCACGUCCACCACCAUGUGCAUGAGCAGAUUCAGCCUGUCGUCAACAAGCAGACCAUCGAGCCACACGUCGUGCACACCACCGUACCAAUCCACGAGGUCCACCACAACGCUGCCCAGCACCACUCCACCACUGCUCUCCCAGCCAUGAGCAUGUCCGAGUUCAAGAGCCAAGGCGGCUCUCUUACCGGUCGUGAGGAGCGAACCGAUGCCUUCGAUGGCUGCCCUAAGCCUGGUCACGCUUCGACACAAGGCACCGGCAACAGCAUCGAGACCCACAACCACAGCCACGGCAGCAACGGCUUGAACAGCGCCGCAGGAGCUGGUGUCGCAGGUGGUGCAGCAGGUCUCGCUGGCUCUCGUGCCGCCGGCCACAGCGCUGGCUCCAACGGUAACAGCACUGGCUACGUCGACAACAACGCUGGAAGCAGCUUGACUGGCCAACGCCAACAUGAUGUCGAGCCACAAUUGUCUGGCAACCACAAUGGCAUCGGCUCUACGACUGAGCACAAGAAGCCAGGUUUGAUGGACAAGUUGAACCCAAAGAAGGACGCUGAUGGAGAUGGAAAGGCUGGUUUCAUGAAAUAG